GCGUGUCCAGCAUGUCCACUCCAUCCUCGUUCAUGGGAAGCACUUGAGACAUUGGGCAGCAUUAGUGAUGUAUCAAGUAAGUGCACGAUGCUACAGAAGGAGCGCAUAAUGGGUAAGGUUACUUGUAAUAUGUGACCCAUACGUCCUGGAAUCCGUUACGCAAGGAUUGCUAUUCAGUCGUAACGGACACCUACCACCAGAACUUCCGCGUUAUGGGCAAAUGACCGUGUGUAGGCGACUCAUGAUCCGUCACAUUCAUGUGUCUUUAUAUUCCUGUCUAGUCGAAAAGCAGUAGUUCUCAAUGGUUAAGGCGAAAGGCUAUGUUCAUCUCUCCAAAGGCUGAAUGAAAAACACACACGUCAUGAUGUCAUCCGAGGGUGACGAUGCCGAACUUCAAGCCCUCAUGGAAAGGAAGAUGGCCAACGGGACCAUACCAACUAACCCCAAAGACAUGAAUGGCACCUUGCAGGAACCAUUAAGGACAGGGUUUAACAUGAACCAUGAGUCAGGGGAGAGCUGGCACCCUCCCUCCCCGUCCCCCUCCCCCUGCCGAAGAGCGUCCAGCGUACAGAGGCAAAGGGGAAGAAGCAUUGACAACAUGGCCACGCAACCAGACAGACCAACAUGGAACAAACAGAUAGAGUUCACGCUGGCUGGGAUUGGGACCGCCGUGGGCCUGGGCAAUGUCUGGAGGUUCCCCUACCUGUGCUACAGAAGUGGAGGAGGAGCCUUCCUGGUUCCCUACCUCCUCAUGCUGGUGGUUCUGGGAAUCCCACUGCUCUACAUGGAGCUGAUAGUGGGGCAGUACCUUAGGAAGGGACCUGUCCACGUCAUGGAGAAAGUAUGCCCGCUGCUUAAAGGUGUUGGUCUGGCAACAGUCGCCAUCUCCUUCAUCAUGUGCACCUACUACAACGUGAUCAUCACCUGGGCGCUCUACUAUCUUUUCAGCUCCUUCCAGAGCCCCCUGCCCUGGACUAACUGUAACAACACCUGGAACCAGCCCAACUGCUCUGACCAUGCCACCAACUCCUCCCUGACAACCACCGCCAGCCAGCAGUUCUUCAAUCACAAAGUGCUGGAGCGGACGUCUGGGCUGGGGGAGCCGGGCACGCUGCGAUGGGAGCUCUUCCUGCUGCUACUGGUGGCCUGGAUACUCAUCUACCUCUGCAUCUUCAAAGGGGUCAAGUCCACUGGGAAGGUGGUCUACUUCACGGCUCUGUUCCCCUAUGUUAUCCUCUUCGCUUUACUGAUCAGCAACGCACAACUGCCUGGGGCAUUGGACGGCAUCAAGUUCUUCAUCGUGCCAGACUGGGAAAAACUGAUGUCGGUUGAGGUCUGGGUCAAUGCAGCAGCACAGAUCUUCAAUUCCAUUGGGAUCGGAUUUGGUGGCCUGAUGACCAUGGCCAGCUACAAUUCUUUCAAUAACAAUGUUCUCAAGGACACCUUGACCAUCUCCAUCCUAAACUCCCUGACCAGCAUUCUCGCCGGCUUUGUCAUUUUCUCAGCCUUUGGCUACAUGUCUCAUCUACAGAAGAUUCCUGUUAGUCAACUGGCUGUGGACGGUCCGGGGCUGGUGUUUGUGGUGUACCCCCAGGCCUUUGCCACCAUGCCAGUGGCUCCUCUCUGGGCCAUCAUCUUCUUCUUCAUGCUGCUCUGCCUGGGGCUGGAUAGUGAGUUUGCUAUGGUGGAAGUCAUGGUGACCAGUUUGAUGGACAGCUACAGCAAGCCAAUCUUGAAGUACUUCAAGAUGAAGGAGAUACUGGUGCUGGUUGUGUGCAUUGCUGCCUUCCUGAUGGGAAUCCCUCAUGUCAUGCAGUUUGGGAUCUACGUGUUCCAGCUGAUGGACCACUACACGGCUAUUGUGUCCAUCCUCUUCCUCGCCUUCUUUGAAGUGAUUGCAGUCUGCUGGGUGUUUGGAGUGGGGAGGCUCUCCGAUAGCCAUAUUGAGAUGACUGGCAAACCACCAAACAUAUUCUUCAAACUGUGCUGGUGGGUCGUAUGUCCAACACUGAUUGGAGUGAUCCUGAUCUUCUCAGUUGUGCAGUUUAAGCCGGCCCGCUACGAGCACUACGUGUACCCAGCGUGGGCUCAGGGGUUGGGCUGGGUCAUCGCCCUGGCCUCCAUCAUCUGGAUCCCCCUGGCAGCCAUUCACACUCUAUGGGUCUUGCCAGGAACCUUUAUGCAGAGAAUACGCAGGUCGCUCACUCCAUUUGGCAUGGAGAAGGUGGCCGUGGUGCACACAUCAGGAAGUGGAGACAUGCUUCCAGACCUAGCGGUGAAGCUGUGAGGUCAGCAUCACCAUUCUGGCCCAGAGAAGCCACUCUGCCUCGGACCCAGUCCAUACCACACACCCCAACCCUCUUAAGGCCUUUUUGCUACUACUUCAAAUUGCACUGUGUAGGGGGAUUCCACCAGACGCAUUUAGAUGUAUGUGUUUACGGACCUCCAACCCAUCGACAUAUUUAGAUGUACGUAUAUGCGUAUGGAUCCCCUCCACUGCCUUCCACUUCUCUCCUCCAACUGCUUUGUUCAGUUUGAGGAUGCGUGGACAAUCCCUGUUGGGAUGUCAGGCAACCGGUUUACCGCUCCCAGUGGCCUGAGCUGGCUCAUCUCAUCCUCUGGUUAGCCUUCUCCACUCUCAUCUCAUCUCAUCUCAAUCAUGGACCAGCAGAGGAGGGACAGCAGCUUCUGUAGACACAUGUCAGGACUCAAUGCAGAAUCUGUGGACUUGUCAGGGUAUGGAUAAUUAAGUUGGUUGAAAAUGUAUAUUUUUGCAAUAUUUUUUAUAGUGUUUGUAAACAUCUAAAACAUUUUUUAAAAGAAAUAGUUGAACCAAAACAAACAAGCAAAAACAAAAAAGAAACAAAAAAACCACCCAGAAUUGUUCCUGUCAAAUAUGGUUGCUGUGGAUGCCCUUUCUAUUAGAAAUGGAAAAUAUUUGAAAAAUCGCUAGACUUACAAGAUUUGUUACUGCAGAUGUUUAUUUAUAUUUAUUUGGAUAAAAAAUACUCCUGUGUGAAUUUUGGUUAGAAAUGCAGGCAUAUAUAGCAGUGCUUCCAGUGGACCUAUGUUGACUUUUUAACGUUAAAUGCUUUAAAUCCGAUUUUUGUCUUAAAAUUAGCUACUUUUUUACUUCAGAAGAAUAGGUAUGUGUUGCUUUACUUAAAUGACAGCUAUAUUGUCCUUGCCGAACAAUCUUACAAAAGCAGAGUUGUACAAGAGGAGAUGGGUUAUUCACAGUCCAAAGGUGAGCUCCUACUUGUAAAGCGACCAAAGGCAGCCUUAGCUCACUCAUGUUGCUGCGUUAUCGCAGCAACAUUAAGAACAAAUUGGAAUUAAUCUAUGACUUAUGAGAUACGAGUUAUGUGAUAAAAGUUUAAUUACGACAUGCUGUAAUCAUGGACAUUCAGAUGUGUGAAUAAUAUCAUGGCAGACAUGUUGCACAUAUCUUUAUCAAAUGGCACAACUUUCACACAGAGAUUACACGUUCCCUUGGUUUUUCUAAUUUAUUUUUAUAUGGCAAGUAUAGGCCAGCCUUUAAAAAAACGUUGUCUACUUGGCCUACAAUGUUCAUUAUUUUGACAUAAAAUCCCACUUCUUUGUA